AACCACAUUGAACUCUUCUAAAAUCUUAAUUGAACAUAGACCCCUCCUUAACUUAUUAAAUUGGUUCCACCCCCUAGCAGCGACGCGCUCUGAGUUUUUAUCCUAAAACCCUAAACCCCAAAUAAUCUGCCUUCAGACUCCGUACAAUGGCGUCCACGCUCAAACUACCAGCCAAUUGUGUCGUUGUUCAGCAACAGAGGCGGGCAGUCUUAGCUAGAGCGGGAACCAGUAGAUUAGAUGCUACUGGUUUCAAUUGGAAGCAAAGAGUUUCAUCAUCAUCAUCAUCGGCUAUGAAUAUGAUCCCAAAGAUGUCAAUUUCAGCCAUACCCAAUCAAAGUCUUGAGAAGUCUUUGCCCAAGAACAAGAUUGACAUCCCUAUCAUGGUAAACUCAUGUAGUGGGAAAAUGGGGAAGGCCAUUAUACAAGCAGCAGAUUCUGCAGGACUCAGUGUGGUUCCCGCAUCAUUUGGCUCUGCCGAGGAAUCGGGGCAAACCUUCCAAGUUGGCGCAAACGAGAUUCUGAUCCAUGGUCCUGAUGAAAGAGAAAGAACCCUUGCAUCUCUUCUCGAGAAGUAUCCCAAUUUGAUUGUGGUGGACUUCACUGUGCCUUCGGCAGUAAAUGAUAAUGCAGAACUAUAUUGCAAAGUUGGAGUGCCAUUUGUGAUGGGAACAACCGGUGGAGACAGGGAUCGGUUGUACAAGACUGUAGAAGACUCACAAGUCUAUGCAGUAAUAUCCCCACAAAUGGGAAAACAGGUUGUGGCAUUUCUUGCAGCCAUGGAAAUUAUGGCCGAGCAAUUCCCUGGAGCUUUCUCUGGGUAUUCCUUACAGGUUAUGGAAUCCCAUCAAGCAAGUAAAGUUGACACAUCUGGAACUGCAAAGGCUGUUAUUUCUUGCUUCCAGAAGUUGGGUGUGUCCUUUGAUAUGGAGCAGGUCCAAUUGAUCCGGGAUUCCCAGCAACAAUUAGAGAUGGUGGGAGUUCCAGAGGAGCAUUUGUCUGGUCAUGCAUUUCAUAUGUAUCAUCUGAGUUCACCUGAUGAAACAGUUUCUUUUGAGUUUCAGCAUAAUGUUUGUGGUAGAUCAAUAUAUGCAGAGGGCACAAUUGAUUCUGUAAUUUUCCUUGCUAAGAAGGUUCAUUCGAAGGCAGAGAAGCGGUUGUACAAUAUGAUAGAUGUCCUGCGAGAGGGUAACAUGCGAUGAUAGUUGGCUUUGUACGAAGGACGUUGUCUGUAUUAGUCUAUUUAUUAGCUUACAACAGUUAAGAUUCUGGUUGAGUAAGAUAGGGAUGUAAGUUUCGGAUUAGCAAUUUCAACCUUAUCUAUGUUCUGUUGUUA